AUGGGGAGCAUGGACUACGACAAUGACAAGAAGCCCAGGGAGCAGCAGGCCAGGAGGUCGAGGAUGACCAUGCUCCUCCUAAUUCUCAGCAACGCGGCCUCCAUCCUCAUCUUCUCCGGUGCCGGCGCGGCGCUCCACGCGCACGUCGGGCGGCACUACCCGGCCGUAGUCCACGCGUGGGGCUCGGCGAAGCUGCUCCGCGAGCUCAACGUCACCGGGCUGGCGCUCGCGGCCAACCACGCCGAGGUGGUGGACCUGUCGGGGCGCCUCACCGCGGCCAACAAGGUCAUGGAGGCCAUCCUCGGCGGCAAGGCCGCCAAGAGCGACAUGGAGGCAGCCCGGGAGGAGCAGCGGGAGGCGGCGGCCGGCGGGCUGUGGCAGCGGGACCGGGACCAGUACCUCGGCGACGAGCUGAAGCUGGCGGUUGGCCCGCACAAGCUCCCGCACAGGCGCCUGGCCGGAGGCGCCGGCGGGGGCGGGGGCGUGGACGAGGUGACGUUCCCGGCGCUGGGGCAGGCGUGCCACCGGUACCGUGACGAGAUGGAGCGGUACAUGAACUACACGGUGGGAGGGGAGUGCCCCUCCGACGAGGCGUUCGCGCAGCGGCUGAUGCUCAAGGGGUGCGAGCCGCUACCGCGGCGGCGGUGCCGGCCGCCCACCCCAGCGGGGUACGUGGAGCCGACGCCGCUGCCGGCGAGCCUGUGGGCGAUCCCGCCGGACACCAGCAUCGUGUGGGACGCGUACACGUGCAAGAGCUACGGUUGCCUCGUGAACCGCGGCAAGGCCAAGGGCAGCUACGACUGCAAGGACUGCUUCGACCUCCGCGGCCGGGAGAAGGACCGCUGGGUGCGCCGCCCCGGCGAGAAGGCGGACGACGAACGGAACUCGCUCGACUACACCAUGGACGGCGUGCUGGGGUUGCUGCCGAAGGGCAGCGUGCGCAUCGGGCUGGACAUCGGAGGCGGGUCCGGGACGUUCGCGGCGCGGAUGCGUGAGCGCGGCGUCACCGUGGUGACCACGUCCAUGAACUUCGACGGGCCGUUCAACAGCUUCAUCGCGUCAAGGGGGUUGGUGCCGAUGCACCUCAGCGUGGCCAGCCGGCUGCCCUUCUUCGACGGCACGCUGGACGUGGUGCACUCCAUGCACGUGCUCAGCAGCUGGAUCCCCGACGCCAUGCUCGAGUCGGCGCUCUUCGACGUCUACCGGGUCCGUCCCUGGUUCGACCGGAUCGGGUUCAAGAAGCUGCGGUGGCACGCCGGCAGGAAGCUCGACAGGGGCAUCCACAUGGACGAGUGGUACAUCUCCGCGCUGCUCCAGAAGCCCAGGAGGCGACUGGGCACGGAUUUCAACCCAAAAGGUUACACCGGCGAGAGAGUCACUCAAUUCUAUUUAGCGAGUUACAUUGGGACUGAAGUGCAGCCAGACAAAGCCUUAAGUAAAGUUAUUGCUAGCUUGCCUUGA